ACAGUAUUACAGAAAAGUAAAGUCUUCCUUCCCACUAUAAACUCUAUUUGACUAUGUGUCGUCUUAAUUAUUUUCUGCAAAAUUUCUCUCUCUCUCUCUCUCUCUCGCACCAACUGUAGCUCAUUAAUAACAAAGAAUCAAACCCCGGAUUGCAGAGCAGCGUCAGAUUCGCCCAUGGAAAACCUUGUUUUAUUUCUUCGGCUUUGAAGUGACUGGUGAGAGUAUGAUAUAGUCGAGAAAGUAAGUAGAUUUUCAGGAACAUUAUCGACAAUGGAGGACCCAAAAACCCCAGAAACCCUAGAAGCUCAAAACCCAGGUGAUAAAACCCUAGAAGAUGCUUCUGGGUCUCCUGGGUUGAUAGAGACUGGUGGAAAUUGCAAUGGGUUAGCUUCUGUUUGCGGUAUUCCUAUAGAAGAAAAUGGCAAAAGUGUUGUUGAUAACGAUAGUGCUGGUGGGGUUGGCAAUGUGGACGUGCCCACUGAAACGGUUGAGGUUGAGAGUAGAACUGAAGGAAUUAAAGGAGAAGUUUUGGCAAAGUCCCACAUCAGAAAGUGUAGUGUGAGUGGGGCUGACAUUGAGAGGGUUGAUGGUUGUUUUGAUAAGGAAAGUGAGGCUCACAUGGACAUUGAUGAGUCACAAUCAUAUAAGGAGAAUAAGGAUGAAGUGGGUUUGUUGGAGUCACAAUCAGAUGGGAACUUGGUAGGUUUGGGUGGGAAUGAAAAUGAGGAUGUUGGAGUUGAUAAGGUGGUUCAAGGUGAGGUAAUGAAUGAGGACAAGCCAUUGGGGUUCGAUGGAAUUGACUCAUCUGGGAUUGAUCCCGCUAAAAAGCCAGAAGUUUCUGCAAAUGGUAUAUCGCUGUUUGUGGAUUUUUGUGGCUCUCCAAGCAGCUUUUUAACCAAUGAUUUUGAUGUAGAAAAUGGUUCUCAUUUGACUGCAAACAAGGGUAAUUUAGAAGAAGAAGCAGAGGACGAAGAACUGGAAAAGCAUGUUGCUAAUCGAGACUUCAACUUUUCUGUGGGUGAUAUUGUAUGGGUUAAAACCAAAAAUCAGACAUGGUGGCCGGGAAAAAUUUAUGAUCCUAUAGAUGCGUCAAAGUAUGAUGCAAAGAGUGACCAGGAUAACUGUCUACUUGUUGGGUAUUUUGGGAUCAGCCAUGUUGCUUGGUGUAGUCCAUCUCAGUUAAAGCCUUUUCAUGAGAACUUUGAGCAGAUGUCGGUUAAAAAUAAGGCUAGAAUCUUCGUUGGAGCUGUGGAGAAGGCUGUGGAUGAGCUUGGUAGGCGUGUGAAGUUGGAAAUGACUUGUUCUUGUUCUUUGAAAGACAAUAAGUCAUUGGCUGGUGAUGCAUCUACUGUUGAAGGAGUUCCAAGGCCCAAGCACAAACCUGGUGAACUCGGUGAAUUUUCAGUCACUCAUUUCGAAUCAGCAAAGUUUCUUGCAUAUCUCAAAGAUCUUGCUCAGGUUGUUUCUAUGCCUUGCGUGCUUGAUUUUGCUGUCAUGCAGAAUCGUUUAUUGGCAUUCUAUCAUUUCAUAGGCCACAGCCAACUGCCUAUGCAUAUGUUAUUGGAAACAAAUGAUACUGAUGAUAUUGCCGGUAACACGUCAAUCACUAAAAGCAGUUUUAAUGUUUGGGUUGGAGAUGGUGAUACAAGGCCAGCCAAAGAGAACUCCGAAAAUGCAUCAUUAUUGCAGAAGGAAUUAAAGUUAGAGGAUAAAGUUGUUCUGGAAGAUAACAAUGAGGAUCCAGUCAAGGAUUUAGGUUCUGAUAAAGAUGUUAUUUUAAGGAACUGCAGAAACAAUGCUGCUGAAGAAGUUUUAGUUUCAUGUAAAUCCAGGAAGAGAAAGUCAGAGAAGGAUUCUGAAAUUGAAUAUGACAGUUGUGAAGUUGAAGAUCUUCAGACCAGCCUCCACAAAUCUCCUACAACAGAAGAGAGGAGUGCUUCAAGUGUAGGAAAUGCUGUUGAUGGGAAACAGGGUACGGAUGAAAAAGGAUUUGAGUCGAGAGAAAGGAAGAAGAGCAGGUACUUGUCUUAUCCCUACAUAAACUUGGGGCAUAAAAGCUCGCCGGGCGAAAGGGAAAACCUCCAGGCUACUGAUGAAGGAGAGGAUACAAAUUUAGGUUCUGGCCAAUUUAAUGGGUCUUUUUCCAAUUUAAAAUGCAAUGGUGAGAAGUUCUGGAAGAGGUGGUACAGGAGAUUUAAUGUUGGGAGUGAUAAAUCUGGAAAAGCAGAAUUAUUAAAUGCAUCUUCAGCCGAGUUACUUUGUAAACUUUGUUCUACGGCUGUUGAUUGCCAAUAUCCUAUUGAAAAUAAAAAGUUUGAUUCAGUUGGCUGGUUUUUUUCUAGAUUCAGGAUAUCAGUGUAUCAUGAUGAAUCUGUUCAUGAAACAAGUCAUAAUGGUCAGAAUGAAGCUAGAGAUACUGAAGCCUGUUUUUCUGGAAAUAGUCCACUGGAGAUUAAGAAUCCUCUUAUUGCCCCUAAAUCUGAGUUGAAAAGAGCAAAGAAAAAGGCAAAUUUGAAGAACUCAGAUGGUGACCAGACUCCCAGCUCCUCUGCUGCUAUUGGAAGAAAUGCAACUGGUGCACGGGAUGUGAAUGUAAACUUUGAUACAUGUUUGGGGAAAGAUAACCCAAUGACGAGAAAGAGGGGCCGACCUAGUUUAGGGAAAUUGAAGACUAAAUCCCUUUCUGGGCUAUCAGAUGUCAAUAUAAGCAUUGCAACUAGUGGCUUAUUGGUAAAAGAUGCUUUGGACAAUGCCACUAUCUUGUCCAAUAGCAAAGGUAGGCGAAAGAAGAAGAAGACGGAGGAACGAGUGACUCAAGAGUGUUUGCAGGCCAAACAAACAGUUGCUUUACCAGACUUGAACGGAAACACUGCUACAAUGAACCUUUUAGUUGAUGAGCCACAGGUUAUGGACCAUAUUGCUUCUGAAGGUAAAUCAGAGCUACUGAAGAAAAUGGAUGAGGAAUCUGCUUCGAAGCAUUCAAAUGCUAAUGCUACUGCUAGCUUACUGGAUGUGCAUGGAAAUAAUGUUAAACCUGGUACAUUAGUGGUGGAUCUGCAGGUACCUAAUGCUUCUUUGAAUUCUAAAUUUUCUGCAGGCCAACCAAAUUUCAAUGGAAGUAGUGCUAAGCCUGGAUCAUUAGUGAAAAAUCCAAUGCUUGAUGUGCUUCCAAAUGAAGUUAAGCCAGGGGAGAAAAAGAGAAGGAGAAGGAGAAAGGGAAAAGCUACAUCAGAACAUUUAGCCGCUGGUAUUCCAGAUUUGAAUGGAACUGGUGCAGAAUCCAACUCCUUUGGAAAUGAACUUCAGGAGACUAAUGGAAUUGCACCUCCAAUGAAACCUGAGCGGAAGAAGAGAAGGAGAAAAGGGAAAGAUAGUUUGGGGUUUUCAAGCAAUAUCACAGCUGCUGGGAGACUGGACAUAAACAUAAAUUAUGAUAGAAAGGAAGCAAACGGAGAGACUAUAGGGACUGCUCUUCUCUUGACCUUUGCUCCAGGAGUUUCAAUGCCUUCAAAAGAAGAUUUGGCUUCGACAUUUUGUAAGUUUGGACCCCUGAAGGAGUCAGAGACACAGUUGUUGAAAGAGCCUGGUCGAGCACAGAUUGUAUUCAUGCAAGGUACCGAUGCUGACGAAGCAUUUCAAAGUUUAGAGAAAAGCAAUCCCUUUGGGGCGAGCCUCAUCAAGUACGAACUCCGUCAUCUUUCAGCUUUGUCGAGGGCUUUAGAAGCUGGUCAUAAUUUAUGCACAUCUCUAGCUUCUCAACCAAUGGAUGAAACUGGGAACUCCAUUAAACCUUCCGGAACAAGUCCUCAAACCGGCGAGGCGCCUCCACUUGACUUCAUAAGGAAAAAUCUUCAGAUGAUGACAUCAAUGCUGGAGAAGUCUGGGGAUAAUCUUUCUCCAGAGAUGAGAGCCAAAUUGGAGAGUGAAAUUAAAGGCCUUCUGAAGAAGGUGAGCUUCAUGACUGGUUUUUCCACUUGACCGUGGAGCUGUACUAAACAUAUAACUCCUUAGGCUAGAAUGUCUGUCUUUGGGAUCUCUCUUUUAAAUAUUAUUAGCUGUUGGGUCAUACCCUCUCCAUCUUUCACUCUCAAUAUGCUUUUGUUAGAAUUGAGACGUCAUAGUCUAACCUAUGGAACACAAACAUUACCAGUUUGCUUUUUCUUUAUUUAUUUACUUUUCUUCUAUUUUAUUUUCGAAA